GUAGGCAGGUUAGACACCUUGUGAGGUUGUAUCUUACCGUAGGUCAGUGUAGACACCCUGUGGGGUUGUACCUUACCGUAGGUCAGUGUAGACACCUUGUGGGGUUGUACCUUACCGUAGGUCAGUGUAGACACCUUGUGGGGUUGUACCUUACCGUAGGUCAGUGUAGACACCCUGUGGGGUUGUACCUUACCGUAGGUCAGUGUAGACACCUUGUGAGGUUGUACCUUACCGUAGGUCAGUGUAGACACCUUGUGAGGUUGUACCUUACCGUAGGUCAGUGUAGACACCCUGUGAGGUUGUACCUUACCGUAGGUCAGUGUAGACACCCUGUGGGGUUGUACCUUACCGUAGGUCAGUGUAGACACCUUGUGAGGUUGUACCUUACCGUAGGUCAGUGUAAACACCCUGUGGUGUUGUACCUUACCGUAGGUCAGUGUAGACACCUUGUGAGGUUGUAUCUUACCGUAGGUCAGUGUAGACACCUUGUGAGGUUGUACCUUACCGUAGGUCAGUGUAGACACCUUGUGGGGUUGUACCUUACCGUAGGUCAGUGUAGACACCUUGUGGGGUUGUACCUUACCGUAGGUCAGUGUAGACACCUUGUGAGGUUGUACCUUACCGUAGGUCAGUGUAAACACCCUGUGGUGUUGUACCUUACCGUAGGUCAGUGUAGACACCUUGUGAGGUUGUAUCUUACCGUAGGUCAGUGUAGACACCUUGUGAGGUUGUACCUUACCGUAGGUCAGUGUAAACACCUUGUGGGGUUGUACCUUACCGUAGGUCAGUGUAGACACCUUGUGGGGUUGUACCUUACCGUAGGUCAGUGUAGACACCUUGUGAGGUUGUAUCUUACCGUAGGUCAGUGUAGACACCUUGUGGGGUUGUACCUUACCGUAGGUCAGUGUCGACACCUUGUGAGGUUGUACCUUACCGUAGGUCAGUGUAGACACCUUGUGAGGUUGUACCUUACCGUAGGUCAGUGUAGACACCUUGUGGGGUUGUACCUUACCGUAGGUCAGUGUAGACACCUUGUGAGGUUGUACCUUACCGUAGGGCAGUGUAGACACCCUGUGGGGUUGUACCUUACCGUAGGUCAGUGUAGACACCUUGUGAGGUUGUAUCUUACCGUAGGUCAGUGUAGACACCUUGUGGGGUUGUACCUUACCGUAGGUCAGUGUAGACACCUUGUGAGGUUGUACCUUACCGUAGGUCAGUGUAGACACCUUGUGGGGUUGUACCUUACCGUAGGUCAGUGUAGACACCUUGUGGGGUUGUACCUUACCGUAGGUCAGUGUAGACACCUUGUGAGGUUGUACCUUACCGUAGGUCAGUGUCGACACCUUGUGGGGUUGUACCUUACCGUAGGUCAGUGUAGACACCCUGUGAGGUUGUACCUUACCGUAGGUCAGUGUAAACACCUUGUGGGGUUGUACCUUACCGUAGGUCAGUGUAGACACCUUGUGGGGUUGUACCUUACUGUAGGUCAGUGUAAACACCCUGUGAGGUUGUACCUUACCGUAGGUCAGUGUAGACACCCUGUGAGGUUGUACCUUACCGUAGGUCAGUGUAAACACCUUGUGGGGUUGUACCUUACCGUAGGUCAGUGUAGACAUCCUGUGAGGUUGUACCUUACCGUAGGUCAGUGUAGACACCUUGUGAGGUUGUACCUUACCGUAGGUCAGUGUAGACACCUUAUGGGGUUGUACCUUACCGUAGGUCAGUGUAGACACCUUGUGGGGUUGUACCUUACCGUAGGUCAGUGUAGACACCUUGUGAGGUUGUACCUUACCGUAGGGCAGUGUAGACACCCUGUGGGGUUGUACCUUACCGUAGGUCAGUGUAGACACCUUGUGGGGUUGUACCUUACCGUAGGUCAGUGUAGACACCUUGUGGGGUUGUACCUUACCGUAGGUCAGUGUAGACACCUUGUGAGGUUGUACCUUACCGUAGGUCAGUGUAGACACCUUGUGAGGUUGUACCUUACCGUAGGUCAGUGUAGACACCUUGUGGGGUUGUACCUUACCGUAGGUCAGUGUAGACACCUUGUGGGGUUGUACCUUACCGUAGGUCAGUGUAGACACCUUGUGGGGUUGUACCUUACCGUAGGUCAGUGUAGACACCUUGUGGGGUUGUACCUUACCGUAGGUCAGUGUAAACACCUUGUGAGGUUGUACCUUACCGUAGGUCAGUGUAGACACCUUGUUGGGUUGUACCUUACCGUAGGUCAGUGUAAACACCUUGUGGGGUUGUACCUUACCGUAGGUCAGUGUAGACACCUUGUGGGGUUGUACCUUACCGUAGGUCAGUGUAGACACCUUGUGGGGUUGUACCUUACCGUAGGUCAGUGUAGACACCCUGUGAGGUUGUACCUUACCGUAGGUCAGUGUAGACACCUUGUGGGGUUGUACCUUACCGUAGGUCAGUGUAGACACCUUGUGGGGUUGUACCUUACCGUAGGUCAGUGUAGACACCUUGUGGGGUUGUACCUUACCGUAGGUCAGUGUAGACACCUUGUGGGGUUGUACCUUACCGUAGGUCAGUGUAGACACCUUGUGAGGUUGUACCUUACCGUAGGUCAGUGUAGACACCCUGUGGGGUUGUACCUUACCAUAGGUCAGUGUAAACACCUUGUGGGGUUGUACCUUACAUUAGGUCAGUGUAGACACCUUGUGGGGUUGUACCUUACCGUAGGUCAGUGUAGACACCUUGUGAGGUUGUAUCUUACCGUAGGUCAGUGUAGACACCUUGUGGGGUUGUACCUUACCGUAGGUCAGUGUCGACACCUUGUGAGGUUGUACCUUACCGUAGGUCAGUGUAGACACCUUGUGAGGUUGUACCUUACCGUAGGUCAGUGUAGACACCUUGUGGGGUUGUACCUUACCGUAGGUCAGUGUAGACACCCUGUGGUGUUGUACCUUACCGUAGGUUAUUAUCCAUUACCAGCCCCUUCAAGCCUUCUUAAACCCAGGGAGACAUCAUAGCACUUGAUUUGUUUUAUUCACCUGUUUCUAUUUCUGUUGUUUUUUAGUGUUGCUCUCUCAUUCUGGCUGCACCUCCCUAACCUCGGGGCCCUAACCUCUGACCCUGUAUCGUGUUCUACAGAAGUCAGCGAACCAUUUGCUCUGUAGGGUGAGGUGCUACUUUAGAAUGAUGUUAUUAAAAAAUACAAAUAAAGUUAUUUGAAUUAUGGAACAAUUGAAUGAACCUUGGAGAUAAUGUGGAUUUGUUAGUUUUAGGUGGUGUGUGAGUUUUCCGUGAUUAUAAUGCGAGGGGAGUUAGGAUACGGUCCUAUCUGUUCUUGGCAAGUUUGGUCUGCUCUAAACCACGCCCUCUCUGAGAUCUUUAUAAUGUUUGUCAAACUUGUUUAGAAGUUUAUGGUUUACAUCAACGUCCUCCCAUCUUGUCAGAAGCUGUUCUCACCCACAGAGCAAGCCAGCACUUUUAUUACAAUCCGUCUGAUGUUACGGUUCAUCUCUCUGGCCAAACACAGCCCUGUAAUCUCCCUCUGUGGAACAGUCCUGUGUCCCUGUAGCUUUAGUUUAGUGGCCCCUUCUUUGAUAUCUAUUUUGUUUUGAUUUGGAGAUGUUUCCGAGCUGCUAAAUCAGUGUGGUUGAACAACAGGCCUUUUCUCCUGACUAUUGCCACGGCGACAACAUUGAGAACAGGUGAAAAAUUCUUUCUGCAUAUUAUUAUUGGCUGUAAAAAAAUAAAAUGUAUUUAUUGUGUACAAAUGUAAAAUAAUAAAACAGAUGGAAAAAUU